GAGAGAGAGGAGGAGGAGGAGGAGCAGAGAGAAAGGUAUCAUCAGCAGCAACAGCAGUGCAGCACAAAGACGAAGGAACACGUUGGAGGUGUGGAGAGAGAGAAGGAGAGAGGCUGAGCUUUGAGGAAGACUGAGCUGUUUGCCGCAGACAUGACCACGAGCUCAUCACUCAAGCGGACAUAACCUUGAAGAUCCUCGCCUGCUGCUGCUGCUGCCACACACACACUGGAGCACAGCGAUAGAGUGUGUGUGUGAGGGGCGUUCAGGCGUUGCUAUGCGAUUCAGGGAGCCGCAUCAUCACCAUCAUCAUCACCCGUGUGCUCCUGCAUGUGUGUUUCUUCAGCAACUAAUGGGCAGCAGUGAGCGUGUGUGAGCUGCAGUUCAGUGUGCAUGCGGAGGAAAGGCUAGAAAAGGUGUCUGUGCGAUGCAAGAGCAGGUGAAGCGUCCUGCACCCUGAAUGUGUGUGUGUGAGAGAGAGACUGAGAGAUGCAGUAUGGUUGAAGUCUCUGUGCCUCAGCAUCAUCAGAUUUUCUGCUGCAGAUGCUACACUAGCUCAUCUCCGCACUAGAGCGCUGCCCUGACACACACACUCACACACACCAACGGACACGGACGCAAACCCUCGCACACACACACAAGCACACAGCUGCGGCUUUCAAGAGGAGCCCCAAGAAGCUCAUCACAGGUCAACAGAGGGACACUGGAAAAGUCGCCGAGGGCAGAGGUCGUGACACCUCAGGCUGAAGGUCGGCAGAGCAGUGAGAGUCAUAAGCGCGGCAUCAUGGGAGAGUGGACUAUAUUGGAGAGGUUGCUGGAGGCUGCGGUACAGCAGCACUCUACUAUGAUCGGCAGGAUCCUGCUGACAGUAGUGGUGAUAUUCCGGAUCCUGAUCGUGGGUAUAGUGGGAGAAAAGGUGUAUGAGGACGAACAGAUUAUGUUUAUAUGUAACACACUGCAACCGGGUUGCAACCAGGCCUGCUACGAUAAAGCCUUCCCAAUCUCCCAUAUCCGUUACUGGGUUUUCCAGAUCAUCCUGGUUUGCACGCCCAGCCUCUGCUUUAUCACCUACUCUGUGCACCAGUCUGCCAAGCACAAAGACCAGCGUUAUACGCUUCUGCAUGGCCCGUACAUCGACCACGGUCAUGGACCGAACCGCAAGCUCCGCAACAUCAACGGCAUCCUGGUGCACCCAGAAAGCAAAGACGAGCGUGAAUGUCUGGAUCUGAAAGACAUUCCCAACAUCCCGGCGGGGGUCACAUACUCCAAAAGUGCCAAGAUCCGCCAGCAGGAAGGCAUCUCCCGCUUCUAUGUCAUCCAGGUGGUGUUCCGGAACGUUUUGGAAAUCGGCUUUCUUGCAGGCCAGUACUUCCUCUACGGAUUCAAUGUUCCCGCCAUGUUUGAGUGUGACCGCUACCCUUGUGUGAAGGAAGUCGAAUGUUAUGUGUCGCGUCCCACAGAGAAGACAGUUUUCCUGGUGUUCAUGUUCGCAGUUAGCGGAAUCUGCGUGGUGCUAAAUUUGGCUGAGCUCAACCACCUAGGCUGGCGCAAGAUUAAGACGGCCAUCCGUGGCGUCCAGGCUCGAAGAAAGUCCAUUUGUGAGAUCCGGAAAAAGGAUGUGUCCCACUUGUCCUCCGUGCCCAACUUGGGCCGCACCCAGUCUAGCGAAUCAGCUUAUGUCUGACAGCGAAUAGGGGAGGGGCUUAGACGAGGUUGGGAGUGGCUGAUGAGGCGACGGCCACGCCCUGUGCUGCAGACUUGACAUGUGAAUUUUAUGCAUAGUUCGAACAGGGUGAGAGAGGGGGUCGGGUGAAAACAAAAAAAAUCUAAAGGACGAAGAUCAGAUUUGACAUCCUAAAUGACUUUUUCAGACUUUAAUGAUGGUCGGAGUGGAACGUAGCAGGGGCUCAUGUUACUAAAACAUAUUUACACAUAUUACACACACAUACACACAAAUACUGAUAUCCCUGAGCCCCACUAAACAACAAAAGUCUUCCAGCAAAAAAAAGAGAAAUUUAAGAAUUGAAUCGAUUCAAGUUGCUUGAUGUCAGAAAGAAAAAGAUGUAGAGAUAAAGCGAAGGGGCUGCUCAGCUUGUGACUCAGACGCAAUGUAAAAUAUUUAAAUCCUCUCCGGGGUCACUGCUGAGACAUCCCUCACGUUUUGAACAGCCAGAAAGAGUAAAAAGGAGGACAAAAAAUAACUGUACCUCAGCACAGAAUCCUCUACGCCUCUUCCCCACUCGCUUUCUGUCAUUUAAUUUUCUCUUUCUGUCUUUACGCAUAGUUUUAUAGAUAUAGCUUUUAAGUACACAAGGCUCAGAGAGAAAAUGAACAUUUAUCUUCUGAAAAGCCACCCCCACGAUUGCUGGAGGGAUAUAAGAGACUCCAUCGUCAUGCAGAAAUCAACAUCACGGUCCCCUGAAUCCCUCUGUUUCACAAACCCCCAAAUCAUUACUGUACAUAUCCUAGAAUAUCAAUAUUGCAGCAUCCAUGUAUUUCACACAAUGAAAUGUAGCUUUUGCCAUUAUUUAAAAAAAAAAGACUUAAACAUUGAUUGCCAAAAAGAAAAAAAAUGAAAGAAAAAAAGAUAAUAAUUGUGUUGUUUAUCUGCAUUUGUUCUGUAAUGGACAGGAAAAUUGUGAUUUUAUACUAUGGGCAUUUCCAGACAAAGGCAUGUUAUGAUGCAUUAUUAGAAUGGCUAGAUAGUGUUAAGAGCUGUGUAUAGAAACAGACAGUUUCUUUUUUUGCACCCAGUAUUUUUGAGGUGUAUUCUGAAGCAUGCGGGAAGGAGAUCUAUUGCUCUAUGGGAAUGGCAGAGAGAGUCUAUACUGAAUAAGGCUCCAAUGCAGCAAUAAUAUAUAAAGAUAUA